AUGCCGCUAUCACUGUCGGUUGUGAGGUAUUGGUGCUCCACAGAGGAGUCCUUUGCAGAGCCUUUGGAGCUCCUCUCGACAGAGGCAAGGGACUCCACCGUGCCCGUCCCUGCUCGUCCGUGCACUUCGCUUGGUCAUGUUUUUUUCUUGACCGGUGGCGCUGAAGCUGGCGCCGGCCAGUCAGGACAAGACCGAGCACAGCCGAGCACAGCAACAGCCGAGCACAGCCGAGCACAGCCGAGCACAGCCGAGCAGAGCAAGGGCGGUGGGGCCUACUUCUUGUUGAUGCUCUCCGUUCCUCCGGCAGAUGCCUUCAGAGCUGUCGAGCCGGACAGCUUUCCAAGGACCAACUUGACUCUUCUUCUCGACUCAGGUCUCACUGCAGCCGUGAUGCUAACCACAGAAGUGUGCAAGACUUUGAAGCUGGCCAUGGGAGGUGAGGGCUCCUUCUCCUCGGGCGUGGGCGCCACGGGCUCGAGCCUGGACAUGCAGCAGGUGCGAGUCGAAGGGGCAGCUCUGGUGGAAGAAGGACGCCAGGCAGAGGCUGCCUCCGAAGCCCAGAGCUGCCCUUUGGACCCGAUGGCAGGAGUGGUGGUUGACAACUUUCCUCAGCUGCGGCUCGGCAGCGGAUAG